AAAAAAAAAAGGCGAGCGAGAGAAAAAUAAAAGGAUAACCCCAAAAAACAAAGCUUGGGGCUUGGAACGGGGCUAAGCAAGCUGCAAUUGCUCCCGUCGCACCGGUACCUUGGGUGUACCACCAUCCCGAGUCCCUUUGUUUAAGGCACAGCUACUCUUGUUCCUGACGCACCCACCACUCCGAUCCCAGUAAUUUCGCCGCGGCGGACCCUCGACUUCCCCCGAGUCGUCGUCGAGUCUGCCUGCUGCGAGUCGCGCACGCCGCGUGAGUUGUUGCGCGCAACCUAGACAUGUCGAUUGCGAUGCUGCAAGCUCCCUCCAGGGCCUCGACUUCAUCUUCCUCUUCCUUCAUACCCGUCUCCCGUCAGAACACCAUGUCUUCGCACGAUGGAUCCCGCUCGACGCGCCAGUCGAAGCGCUACUCGGUUACCGCGCUGUAUCUUUCCAUGUCCGCAAAGGAGAAGGACUUGGAAAUCGAAGAUGAGCUGGCCAAAGCCCAAAAAGUCCUGCGUGAACUCAAGGCGCGCAUCUCCUCGCAGUCGAAGAAGAACUUCGUGCUUGAAAAGGAUGUCAGAUAUCUCGACUCCCGGAUUGCGCUUCUGAUCCAGAACCGGAUGGCUCUUGAAGAGCAAAACGAAGUCGCCAGCCACCUAGAAGAAACGGAGUUGCAGGAAGGCUUCUUCCCCAAUGACGAAAAGACCCAGAAGUAUGGCAACCUGCUGUUCCUUCUCCAGUCGGAGCCCCGACAUAUCGCCCACCUGUGUCGCCUUGUCACCAUGGCCGAGAUCGAUUCUCUGCUGCAGACGGUUAUGUUCACCAUCUACGGAAACCAGUACGAGAGCAGAGAAGAGCACCUUCUGCUCACCAUGUUUCAGUCUGUCCUCACCUAUCAAUUCGAAAACACCCAAGAUUAUUCCUCUCUUUUGCGCGCAAACACUCCCGUAUCCCGGAUGAUGACGACAUAUACCCGCCGGGGACCUGGUCAAAGUUACCUCAAGAUGGUGUUGGCAGAGCGUAUCAACUCUUUGAUUGAGCUCAGAGAUCUCGACCUGGAGAUCAACCCUCUGAAGGUCUACGAGAAGAUGAUUCAAGAAAUUGAAGACAGCGAAGGCAAUCUGCCUGCUCACCUUCCGCGCGGUGUUACGGCCGAGCAAGCAGCAGAGAACGAGACGGUGCAGCAGAUUAUUGCGCCGCGACUGACGAUGCUGAUGGAGAUUGCCAACUCCUUCCUGACCACAAUCAUUGAUGGCCUCGAAGAGACGCCUUACGGUAUUCGGUGGAUCUGCAAGCAAAUCCGCAGUCUUUCAAAGAGAAAGUACCCGGAUGCUUCCGACCACACGAUUUGUACAUUGAUCGGAGGUUUCUUCUUCUUGCGUUUCAUCAACCCCGCGAUAGUCACGCCAAGGUCGUACAUGUUGAUCGAUGCAACACCAGCAGAGAACCCGAAGCGGACGCUCACGUACAUUGCAAAGAUGCUGCAAAACUUGGCUAACAAGCCUUCUUAUGCAAAGGAGCCAUACAUGGUCAAAUUGCAGCCAUUCAUUCAGUCGAACAAGGAGCGCAUCAACAAGUUCAUGCUCGAUCUUUGCGAAGUUCAAGACUUCUACGAAAGCUUGGAGAUGGACAACUACGUCGCUUUGUCGAAGAAGGAUUUGGAGCUCUCCAUCACCCUCAACGAGGUUUACGCAACACACGCGUUACUCGACCGUCACACUGCAGAACUGACUAGAGAUGAGAGCUCGCAUCUCGGCAUAUUACUCCAAGAACUGGGUCCCGCGCCGGCCCAACUACCAAGAAAGGAAAACCGAGCCAUCAACCUUCCGCUCUUCAGCAAAUGGGAGACGCCUAUUGAUGAUUUGACAGCAGCUCUCGACAUCACCCAGGAAGAGGUUUUCUUCAUGGAGGCCAAGUCGACCAUGGUGAUGAUCCUCCGUUCACUGCCACCAAACACUUCGAUUACCCGGAGACCCCUGCGUCUGGAACGGAUAGCUGAAGCGGCAGCAACCACCAAGAAUGACUCCGUCAUGGUGAAGAAGGGCAUCCGGGCCAUGGAACUUCUGAACCAGCUCCAGGAAGGCGGUGUCAUCGACAGAGAGGACGGCUUUGCCCUGCUUCGGGACGAAAUCGAGCAGGAACUGGUCCACCUUGGCUCAAUGAAAGACAAGGUCGUUGAGGAGACCCGCAAGCUUGACGAGGUUUACCGCACGAUUCGCGACCACAACGCCUACCUGGUUGGCCAACUCGAGACUUACAAAUCAUAUCUGCAUAACGUCCGCAGCCAGUCCGAAGGCAAGACCAGGAAGCAGCAAAAGCAGCAAGUACUGGGGCCUUACAAGUUCACCCACCAGCAGCUGGAGAAGGAGGGCGUCAUCCAGAAGAGCAAUGUCCCCGAGAACCGACGGGCAAACAUCUACUUCAACUUCACCAGCCCGCUGCCGGGUACUUUUGUCAUCUCGCUACACUACAAAGGGCGGAACCGUGGCCUUCUAGAACUCGACCUUAAGCUGGACGAUCUUCUGGAGAUGCAAAAGGACAGCCAGGAAGACCUUGACCUGGAGUACGUCCAGUUCAACGUGAGCAAGGUGCUGAACCUGCUCAACAAGCGCUUUGCUCGCAAGAACAAGGGCUGGUGACUCGGCUGCUUCUUCGACAUCGCCAGCGAUACCCAGUCCACUGUUUGAUGUUUGUCAUAAUUUUCCACAAAAUCACGCCACAAGACCAGGGCUACCGGCCUCGGUUUCAAGAGAAUUUGGCGGAGACAGACGGUUUUUUCCUCCUUUUCUUUCCUUUUUUGGUGUUUUCUGUUUUGUUUUUCUUGCUGCCAGGGAAUUGUACACGGUUUGGAUAUUUGGGAUACCCAGAGGCUGAUUGCGCGUUGAGC